AUGGGAGGUUUUGCAAGAGCUCCAGAGGAUAGGCCUACGCCUCCAGAAGUGUACAACUGGAGAGUGUACAUGGCAGCUCUGGUCAUCUCUAUGGGUGUCCUGGCCUACGGAUAUGAUUCUGCGUUCAUCGGAACCACGAUAACCCACGAGAGCUUCAAACGGGAUUUUGGUCUCGACAACAUGUCAACGUCAGAAAAAAACGAAGUCACAAGCAACAUCACAUCUAUCUACUCUGCAGGAGGUCUCGUCGGAGCCCUUCUCAUGUACCCUUCACUCGAACUCCUCGGUCGUCGCAUGACAGUCAUUAUCUCAGACACGAUAUUCAUCAUUGGUGCGGUUCUUUGUACUGUUCCCACCCACCAAAUCGGCCUUGUAUAUGCUGGGCGCUUCUUCACUGGAAUGGGUGUCGGUGGCAUCGCUGCCGUCUCUCCAAUCUACAUUGCUGAAAUCUCGCCUCCAGCCAUUCGCGGCCGCCUGACGGGAUUUUUCGAGUCGUUCUAUCAGACAGGUGCUGUCAUUGGCUUCUGGAUCAACUACGGAAUUGUGCACAACAUGGACAGGUCAAAGUCCGUCGCGUGGCGAGUACCCAUGGCUGUGCAGCUUAUCCCCGCUGGGCUUCUGGCCCUGAUGAUUCCGCUACUGAAGGAGUCACCAACGUGGCUGCUAAAGCGUGGGCGCAAAGCAGAGGCUCUGAAAGUAUACAGCUUCUUCCGGAAUCUACCUGAGGAUCACGAGUACAUCGCGCAAGAUGUAAAAUUCGUCGAAGCUGAGAUCGCCAAAGAGCGUGCAGCACUCGUUGGAGAUCAGCAACAUGCUACUUUCCUCCAGGUCAUCAAGGCGGCUGCCAAAGAAGCAUCUCAACCGGGCAUGCGCAACCGCUUCCUCUUGGUGUUCCUUAUGUUUAUGUGGCAAGCUUGGAGCGGUGCGGCAGCAAUCAACUACUAUUCUCCAACAAUAUUCACCUCGAUCGGUCUGUCUGACGUUACCCUCUGGACUGGCGUAUACGGUAUCAUCAAAGCCGGCGGCUCCAUCAUCUUCUUCACGUGGUUUAUCGACAUGUUCGGUCGUAAAUGGCCUUGGAUCAUCUCCUCGUUGAUCUGCGCAUUCUGCCAAUACUACUUGGCCAUUUACAUAAACCUUGGCGAACCGAAGGUCGGCCAGCCCAUGUCACCCUCGACCAUCGCCGGGGGCAAAGCAGCAACGGCUAUGAUUAUGAUAUUUGGAGCAGCUUGGUCAUUUGGAGCCAACGGAUUGCCAUGGAUCAUCUCUGCAGAGAUAUUCCCGACCACAUUGCGCUCCGUCUCUGGGCCUUUCGCGGCGGCGAGUGUGUGGAUAUGGACCCUGAUCGUUACCAAGAGCCUACCCCAGAUGUACACCAGCAUGGGCUGGGGCGUCUACGUCUUCUUUGCUACUUGCUUGGUCUGUGCGAGCAUCUAUGCUUGGUUCUUCAUCCAUGAUACCAAAGGACUGCGCAUGGAUGAUAUGGACAAGCUAUUUGGUUUUGAAAGAGGGGAACAGCGCGUCGUUCCUACACCCGACAGCAAGAUGGACGAUGAGAGCGAGCAUAAUGAGAAGGUUGCAGCGGUACAUAUUGAUCACUCAAGAGUUUAA